UUUAAAUAGGCACACAAGAAUCCACACUGGUGAGAAACCUUUUUCAUGCUCAGUUUGUGGCCAAAAAUUCUCUCAGAGUGGAAAUUUAACAAUGCACACAAGAAUCCACACUGGCGAGAAACCUUUUUCAUGCUCAGUUUGUGGUCAGAAAUUCUCUCUGAGUGGGUCUUUAAAAAUUCAUACAAGAAUCCACACUGGCGAGAAACCUUUUUCAUGCUCAGUUUGUGGGCAAAAGUUCUCUCAUAGGGUAAGUUUAAAUAUGCACACAAGAAUCCACACUGGUGAGAAACCUUUUUCAUGCUCAGUUUGUGGCCAAACGUUCUCUCAGCGGGGAGGUUUAAAUGUGCACACAAGAAUCCACACUGGCGAGAAACCUUUUUCAUGCUCAGUUUGUGGCCAAAAAUUCCACACGGGGGGGCAUUUAAAUAUGCACACAAGAAUCCACACUGGCGAGAAACCUUUUUCAUGCUCAGUUUGUGGCCAAAUGUUCUCUCAGAGGGGACAUUUAACAAUGCACACAAGAAUCCACACUGGCGAGAAACCUUUUUCAUGCUCAGUUUGUGGCCAAAAAUUCUCUGAGAGGGGAAGUUUAAAAAAGCACACAAGAAUCCACACUGGCGAGAAACCUUUUUCAUGCUCAGUUUGUGGCCAAAAAUUCUCUCAUAGGGUAAGUUUAAAUAGGCACACAAGAAUCCACACUGGUGAGAAACCUUUAUCAAGCUCAAUUUGUGGCCAAAAAUUGUCUCGGAGGGGAAGUUUAAACACGCACACAAGAAUCCACACUGGCGAGAAACCUUUUUAA